UAUGGAUUUUUACUGUUCUUCUUACAGGUCCGGGGGCAGGAAUUGUCAGCAAAGUUUGGCCCAAGACCCUGCUAGUUACGAGCUCUAUUGUGUCGGCGGUCGCAUUGGCUUGCUGCUACUUGAUUUUUGGACUUCUAUCAUGGACGCUGUUACUCGGACUUCUGUUUGGAGCCUCGGUGGGAGCAACAAAGACGGCUUGUGUCCUCAUCGUAAAUGCCUGCUUCAAGCAAUACCGCUCCAUCGGAAAUGGGCUAAGCAUUAGCGGUGAAGCCGUAGCGGUAUAUCUCGGUGGGCCAUUGAUUAGUAAACUGACCAACGAGUACGGUGUAAAGGGAAUGUUCCUCGUUAUGUCCGGUGUGAUGCUAAACGCCGCCGUGAUUGCUUUCUUCAUCAGCAGAUUUACGUUCGAUGCUUCCGAAGGGCCGGGGGAGGAGUUGUUGCCGCUAGACUCAAAGUCUGACGUCGACUUGGCGAACAAGGUGAUAAUGGAAGAGGCGCCGGUAGCGGACGAAGAGAAGGAUCUACUCAAGGUCCCGCUCGAACGAUGGCCGGAGAGCCUCUCAGAUAUAAUGAGUCGCGAACGUAGGAAAACAAACAUUGUCGAGUGUGUCGCAGUUAUCGAACAUCAGGAAAGCGACAGUGAAAGUGAUGACGCGCUGUCAUGGUCUGGCAGCGAGUUGCAAGAUUGGCGAAGCUCUGGUGAAACCAGUGCUAAGGAUGAUGCUGUGAAUAGCCCGAAGGUGCCAUGGCGAUCAUUUUCUAAAGACAGCGACCAAAGUCGCUUGCUCAAGAGGCGAAGUUGGCAUAACGACGAGGUGGAUGUGAAAAGACGACGAAGUUUCUUAGAACGAUGGGUUAGUUCUUCUAUAGAAUCACUUCGACUUGCGCGCCAGGCUGAAAAGACGUACACCAAGCUGAAAGACAGCGAAGACUCGCCGCCGUCUGAUAUCAAUGUUUCGUCUAGGGAUAAAAGCACGAGCCGAGGCAAUGUCACCAAUGUCUCAACAGUGCCAGCAACAGAUGCAAUCAGCACAAUUUCCAGCCACAGCAAGCUGUCAUCCGAAAAUCAGAUUCAGUUCCAUCCGGCCGAUGGGUGUGUUGUGCAGAACGCAGAUUUACUCAGUGUCGUCGAAAACUUCCCUCCCGAAAAAUCUUCCAACGGAACUGACGCUCCGGGUCCUAUUCCAGCCAUAGUACUUGAAGAUGCCUUUAGCAGCGGCCUUUCCCGCAACAACACAGAGCUAUCCUUAGAAAACGGAGACUUGUCUCGCAACGCAGCCUUACUGAGCAGCCUCGACCAACUGGCGCUUACGGUUCCUGGAGCACCGUUGAAGCGCCGGUACUCUCGUUUGGCCCAGGACAUCAUCAUCCGCCAGCUACAAGACAAGAGGAGGCAAGAGCGCUGUGGCGGCCAUCUUAACAUCUUCAGUAACCCGACUCUAUACCUGAUCUGCGUGGCAAACUCGGUGAUGUUCAACUCCGUCGUCAUCUUUCUCACUAAACUGGCGGAGGUUCUGCAGAUGAAGAGCAUCCCAGCAACCCUUGAAGACAGGCUGAUGCCGACCUUCUGUAUAGGUAACCUUGCCGCCUGCCUGUGUUCGGGAUGGUUCACCGACGAGGGUCACAUCAGCGUACGACGUGCCAUCGCGGUGGAUUUCUUCAUCCUUGGUGGCUCAAUGCUCAUCGUGUCGCUUCAUAACAGCGUCAACACGUUCGCCGUGCAAAGUCUUCUCCAGGGUUGGGCGUUCGGGCAGAGCAAGGCCCUGGCUCCAGUCCUCCUGGUGGACACUCUCGGAGUCGGUUCAUGCGGGCUGGCUUACGGCGUGGUUUCCUUUGCGACAGGAGUGAGCGCGCUCAUCGGGCAGCUCCUGGUUGUUCAUUUCAGGGACUCGUAUGGGACACAAGACUUCAUCUUCAACUUUCACGGGAUCCUUGCGCUGGCGAUCGCCGGAAUGUUCCUCGUCGAAACAAGAUUCAACCGUGCGCUCGUUCGGAAAAGAAGGCCGCGAGCUCAGGAGCUGUGAACUUUGCGCCCACCCUCAUGACACCUGAGAGCCUGACUGCACCAGUGUAAAUCGUGCUCGUAAACCUCUAUUUGUCGUAAGAGUGUGCUGAAAACUUCCUUGAACUUAUUGUUCACCACUGUCCGAAACAUAAACGUUCACCACGAGCAGAACAUAAAGGAUCGUGAGAUCGUUUCCGCGCCAAACAAUUAGCUGAUGAUAUCACGGGGAACGCCAACGCUUGGCAAAUAAAUUUUGGUUCUACACACAUUCUAGAAUUUUAGUUCUUAGCAAAAAUAGUGGAUCUUAGAAGAGGGUGGGUUGCACUUUUGUGACCGUCAAGUCCAGGGGCUCUACACUUAAGAGCAGAUUUGUACACGUUAC